AUAAAUAAAAAGUUGCCGACAACAACUAUCAGUAUGCAUGGCGACUUCGCGUGACUUGUAUCGUUUUUUCACGUUCCAUAGUGUCGAGAUAAAAUUCAUUUAAAAUGUGGAUUUAUAAUUUUUUGUUCUUUUCCAUUAUUUGUUACUCAGUUGGAUUAGAUUUUCAUGCUAAUUCAGGACCUUGGGUUGUUCCAACAAAAGGCGAACCUUGGCCUCUAGUUUAUAAUCAUAUUCAUCGUGAUGGGUUUCUACUUCUACGACCGUCGGUUUUUGAAAUUGAAACUAACAUUGAUUGCGAUAUAAUAAGCAAUGCAAUUGAAAGAUAUCACAAUAUUAUUUUAAGGGAGGCUCGAGUAGGUCGCAAAGCUAUGGAAGGUCAACCGAAAAUAUUCGAUCGUCAUGACAGUGAUUUCAAUGGAAUGUUGAUGAAGCUCCGAAUCAAUGUAUUGGGAAAUUGCGAAAAAAUGCCGUACUUACACAUGAAUGAAAAAUAUAAAUUGGAAAUAAGAAAUUCUGUUGCUAAUCUUCAUUCUCAUUCAAUAUGGGGAGCUCUUCGUGGUCUUGAAACUUUUUCUCAGAUUUUGAUACCUUCUGGUGACGGAGCGAAUUUGGCGGUAAAAAAUCAAACAAUAUUUGAUGAACCGAAAUUACCACAUCGAGGUCUUUUAUUAGAUACAUCCCGUCAUUUUUUUCCAGUAGAAGAUAUUCUUCUGACAUUAGACGCAAUGUCAUAUAAUAAAUUGAACGUUUUUCACUGGCACAUAAUUGAUGACAACAGUUUUCCUUAUCAAAGCUCCGCAUACCCAGAACUUUCUCAAAAAGGAGCCUGGCAUCCGAGUAUGGUUUACACUCCGAAAAAUAUUGAAACAGUUAUUGAGCAUGCGAGAUUACGGGGGAUUCGAGUUAUACCUGAAUUUGAUUCACCAGGACAUGUUGCGUCAUGGGGACUUUCUCAUCCUGAGCUUCUAACAAAAUGUUAUGAUUCCACGGGAAAACCUGAUGGACGUUUGGGUCCCAUUGACCCAACGAAUUUAAAUAUCUGGCAAUUCUUAAGGACAUUGUUAACAGAAGUUAUGUCGGUUUUUAAGGAUCAUUACAUACAUUUAGGAGGAGAUGAAGUACCGUUUGAUUGUUGGGAAAGUAAUCCAGAAGUUAUUUCUUACAUGGAAGAACAUGGAAUGUCAAAGGACUUUACUCGUCUCGAGAGUGCUUAUAUCGCCGAAUUGCUAAAGAUUCCUGCAAGUCGUAAUGUUAGCUCUAUUGUCUGGCAAGAAGUAUUCGACAACGGAGUAGAAUUGACUCAGGAUACAGUAGUUCAUGUGUGGACAGGAAAUUGGUCUGAAAAAUUAUCUAGAGCUACCCAAGCAGGUUUUCCAGUUUUACUUUCAGCAUGUUGGUAUUUAGACCAUGUUGCUGGCGGUGCUGACUGGAUUAAGUUUUAUGGCUGCGAUCCACUUGAUUUUUAUGGAUCUGAAAAUGUCAGGGAUUUAAUGUUAGGAGGAGAAGCUUGCAUGUGGUCAGAGUUUGUUGAUCGAAAUAAUAUGCACCAGAGAGUUUGGCCCCGGGCCAGUGCUGCAGCUGAGCGACUUUGGAGUAAAAGUAUUGAUAGUACUUUGCAUGUAGCUCAACGAUUAGAGGAACAUGCUUGUCGUAUGAAUAGACGUUCAAUCCCAGCUCAACCUGCAAACGGGCCAAGUUUCUGCAUUGUUUAAUGAAACCUAUUACUAAUAAUACUUAAAAAAUUAUACAAUUCAUUUUAUAGGAAAUACUGUACUAUUGAUACAAAUGUUUAUGAAAAAUUAAUUUUAUAUUUUAUGAACUCACGUAAAAGAAAUUUAACUUUUCCUACUUGUAAAUAAUAAAAAGAUAAUUAUUGACAGAUAAAUAACUGGAAAAUCAAAUGAAAUGAUUUAAACUUUAAAUAUUUACUUUGCCGCGCUUUUUGCCUAACAGUAGAAAACAGGAUUCAUGUCUGUAAAUCAAAAUUAUUUUUUUCCAGGUUCUGAGGAAAUGAAAUAAGAAAAAAAUUACAUACUUUCAAAAGUUUGAAUAAAUAAAUUUGUAAAUUUUUUUAAUAACUUUACCUUCAAGUUAAUAAUUAAUUAUUUUCUAAUGAAUAAUUUUUAGCCUGGAAUGAAACGAUGCUUGACGACAAUGACUCAUUAAAAUGUAUUUAAAAAUAAAUCUAUGGUAGCCUUACUUUUACUUUCAAUAAUAUAUUUAUUUUGUAAAAUUCGUGGGUAGCAAGCAGUCGCUUAACCUCAAAUUCGGUCUUCAAUUUCGAUAUAUAGUUGAAGUGAUAUAAAAUUCAAUUUUCUAAAUCAAUAAAUAAAUAUAUAAACUUACUAAAUAUUUAUACACCACAUUAAUAUAUUAAAUUUUAAUAAAUUUUGUAAUAAAUAAUUGUUUUGUUUCGA